UGUUCUUCAAAUUGAGCAACACGGUAUGGCCUAAGUUAGAACUCAACGUGAGAGGUUAUCAACCUGUGGACUUUUACCGAUUAGAACACAUAGCUGUUUGCAAAACAAAAAGUUAGGUUUUGUGUGUAAUUAAGAAUUCAAAAUGACGAUGCAAUUCGAGUACGACGAUAAAGGGACAACGUUCUACUAUUUUCUGUUGUCUUUUUUCGCCAUGAUUCUCCUACCAAUUACCUAUUUUUUAUGGCCAGACAAGACCAGUCAGAGCAAACAAAAGAAAAGUGAUAAACCUUGCUAUUGCUCACCAUGCAUGGAGAAAAGAGACCUUCUAAAGAGAUUGGAGCCAAAUAAAAAGAUUGUAAAGCAAAUCACGAGAGCAGUUUUAAUAAUUCUAUGGGCACUACUAAUAGCUGGUGUAUUCAAAGUUUCCCAGUUUGAAAAAGAAUAUGCAGAAUACAAUCCAUAUAGUGUGUUGGAGAUUGAUCCUGGAGCUACUACAUCAGAAAUCAAAAAGCAAUAUCGCAAGCUGAGUUUGAAGUACCAUCCUGACAAAGAAGAAGGAGACUCUGUGAAAUUCAUGAGAAUUGCCAAAGCUUAUGAAGCUUUAACAGAUGAAGAAGCUAGGAAAAACUGGGAAGAGUAUGGCAAUCCUGAUGGACCUCAAGCCACUACCUUUGGUAUUGCUCUCCCAUCAUGGAUUGUUGAUAAGAAAAAUUCUAUGUGGGUUCUUGCUGUUUAUGGGUUGGCAUUUAUGGUGAUUCUACCUGUGGCUGUUGGCACGUGGUGGUACAGAUCAAUAAAGUAUAGCUCUGAUGAAGUUCUAAUGGACACUGAGCAAAUCUACUGGUAUUUUCUACACAGGACUCCAAAUAUGUCUCUAAAACGUAUCAUUAUGAUUCUCGCAGCCUCUUUCGAAUUCGAAAAGGGGCACAACAAUGAAGUGCAAGAGAGGCCUAGUGACAAUAUAGAGAUACCUAUGUUAAUUGGCUCACUGCCUAAUUUAAACGAGAAGAAUAAAGAAAUUCCUUUAUGUUACCCAUACAGCGUCAAAGCUAGGGCAUUACUGCACGCACAUUUAUCAAGGCUAGAUUUACCGGCAGAUACUUUAAGUCAAGAUCUGGAACUAAUCUUAAAGAAAUGCCCGUAUUUGAUCAAAGAGAUGAUAAGCAUUGUUAACCAGCUGACAGCAAUGGCCAAAAUGGGUAGAGUAAACGUUGCACCAAGACUUGAAACACUAGAGAACUUAAUGAAAUUUCACGCAAUGAUUGUACAAGCCGUUUGGGAAUGCAAGUCCCCAUUUUUAAUGCUGCCGCACAUCACACAAGAUCAUCUAAGACAUUUCACUACAAAAAAGCGGCAUAUCAAAACAAUUCGGCAUUUUGUUGGUAUGAAAAAUGACGAAAGAAGGAUGCUUCUUCGUACAUUAUCUGACGAACAGUACCAAGAUAUAAUUAAUGUAUGCUGGUCUUAUCCACACCUAGAAGUCAUAGUAGACGCCAAAGUUAUGGACGAGAAAGAUGCUGACGUCAUCACUGCAGGCUCAAUAGUCACAGUCAAUGUGGAGCUGAAGAGAAAAUGCUUAGGGGAUUUCUUCGAAGAUGAUACAUCGUCUGAUAUAACGAUGCCUAAGGUUGAGGAAGAGCCUGAAUCCAAGGAGUCAACGGUUGUCAAUAAGGGCUGGCAGAAAAAACAAAAGAAGGGAGGGAAAAAGCCCAAAACGCAGCCAAAUAAACAGCAACAGGCUGCCAAAAAGAAACAAAAAUUAUUAAAAGAAAAAGAAAAACUGGAAGCUGAAGCAAAGAAAAAUGAAGAGAAAGACGAGAAAAAUGGAAAGAAAUCCAGCAAAGGUGACAAGGAAACGGAUUUUGAUUCAGGAGCUGCAGAAUUAAACGAAGAUUCUGAUUCUGAGAAUGAAGAUAAUGGCGAUGAAUCAAGAAAUUCAACCAGAGAUUCUGGCAACGAAGCAAAUGAUGAAGAUGAUGAUGAUGAUGUCGAUAAAGACGUUGGCCUAGACGAUGAUGAGUGGGAUACUCUUCAGGCCGAUAUUGAAAGACCAGAAGCAAUACUGGAAGCUAAAUCAAAGGACAGCUACCCUGUGCAUGCGCCGUAUUUUCCAUUGGAAAAACAAGAAUACUGGUGGGUGUACAUCGUCAGUCGGAAAACAGUUUCUUUAAUAACUCCUCCACAGUUUAUCACCUGUCUAAAAGAUGAACACAAGGUUUCACUCCGGUUCUCUGUUCCUGAAAAGCCGGGCAUUUACCACUAUCAAGCGGUAGUGCGGUCGGACUCUUACAUCGACUUUGAUAUGUACCAGAAUUUCAAGAUCGAAGUUACUGAAGCGAGGGCCGUGGAGCUCGGUGCCCAAUGGGAUUUCACGAGUGACGAAGAAAAAGACGAAGAUAGCGGAGAGAGCAUUUAUGAGACUGAGGAGGAGGACUGAUUAUGAAAAGUAGUCAAGUAAGAGGUCAAAUCAUUAUCGAUUUACAUCACAAUGUUUUCUUAGAGCUUUUGUUAAUAAAAGAGCAUUUAGUAGAUGGGUAGGGUGAAGAUGAAAUGAUAACUAUGCAUGAAAA